AUGGAGGGGAUGUCUUUGGUGAUAACCAAGGUGGGAGUCGAUGACGGAUUGUGGGUGGGAAUUGAAUCAAUAACGUCAUUGUUGCAAUCUCGGCAAAUGUUCAGCAGCGAAGACGAAGUGAGAAUCAUGAAUGCAUGCAACGAUGGUGAAAGAAUAAGAAGAUUUUUGAAUACACUGGAGAGCAAACCAGAUGCCACGUAUAAAGCAUUUUGUAACGUCCUUGAACUUCACUACCCUCAUAUCUUCCUCAUGCUCAUUGGCUGGGAGCAUUGCUUGGAUGGUGCCAAUCAUCACAGUGCUCGCGGUGCUAACGUGGUUCAAGACUCAUUAUCUGCAAUCACUGCACUUAAUCAAUAUAGCCCUCAACAUAAUCUGAUAAAGCAAAUACAAAAUAAUAUACAUAAUAACUUGACUAAUAAUAGUAAUAAAAUAGCUUUGAUGUGGAUUCCCAGUCACAUAGGAAUUCAUGGCAACGAAGAAGCAGAUCAACUCGCAUCACAAGCCCAUGCUAUCCCAAUAUCAAAUGUACCAAUUCCAUACAGUGAUUUAAGAACUUGGGCAAAAAAAAUUAUGAAUGAGAAAUGGCAACUUGAAUGGAAUAAGAUUAACAAUUAUCUUAAACUAUCCAUGCCAAGUGUUUAUAAAAAAAAAAAUCCAGAUGAAUCUAAGGGUUUAAACCGUAAACUGAGGACAAUUAUUAAUAGGUUAAAAAUAGGCCAUUCAAAAUACACUCAUUCUUGGAUAAUCAACAAAACAAAUCCACCAGCAUGCAACUUUUGUGAUGAAAAACUUUCUGUACAACACUUGGUGGAAUGCAAAAACCAUGAUGAUAUUCGGAAACGAUAUCAGAUCCCCUCAGAUAUUGAAAAAAUUUUAAAGAGAGAAAACAUCAAUAAUCUAAUAACAUAUCUUCAGGAGAUAAAAAUACUCGACAGAAUAUAG